AUGGCGGCACACCGGCGCUUGUGGGCUCCACGGCCGAGUGGUUUGAUGCAGGAGGCUGGUUCCACGGCAGAGUUCCCCAACGUCGCUGGCCUCCACGCUUUCUCUGGCUGGAGGAAGGAUGCUGUGGAGAGCACCAUGAAUGCUUACAAAGCUGCUAAGGAUAUUGCUCUUGCUGAUCUGGCUCCAACCCACCCGAUCAGGCUUGGGCUGGCCCUCAACUUCUCAGUGUUCUACUAUGAGAUCCUGAACUCCCCUGAUCGUGCUUGCAACCUUGCAAAACAGAUACUUAUGUAG